CUCUUUUUUUUUCCUCUUAAAAGAAAAAUUAGCAGGCAAUGUCUGAGAAUUCUGAUAAUUGAAGAGAAAACAGCCGGGUUCGUGAAAAAUAUUUGAUCGUCUGGCGUAAAUCUAACCUUGUUCGAUUUUCUCUUAGCAUUCAGCUUUUCUUGUGGAAGGAUAGAAAAGGUUGAGAAGAGACUUGUGAUGGCAGACAUACCUAGACACCUGCGUGCUUGUUUGGAUAUGGGGAAAAUAGCUUUCUUAGCUAUCCUUGUUUCUGGAGGAAUCGUCUUGCAAAUUCUGGCUUGUGCUCUGUAUAAUAACUGGUGGCCAAUGCUAAGUGUGAUAAUGUAUGUGCUUCUCCCAAUGCCUUUGCUCUUCUUCGCUGGAUCGGACAGUACAUCUCUCUUCAAUGAAUCAGACAAUAGCUGGAUAAAUGCAGCCAAGUUCAUGACUGGUGCAUCAGCAGUUGGAAGCAUCGCCAUACCUUCGAUUCUAAAACACGCUGGACUCAUCGGUUGGGGAGCAUUAGCCUUUGAUCUCUCUUCCUACGUUGUCUUCAUUGUUGCUAUUCUGAGUUACAUUUGCGUAGGAGAUGACAGUGACAACUACUACAGCUACAUAUAAAAGUGACAUAUAAAGUCAUCAUCAUUAUUUUCUCAAGCUCUCUGCUCUUUUACCACCUUACCGACGGUUCAAAAAGGAGAACCUCUUGUUGAGAGGGAUCACUCAGUUGUAUGUAUGAUUGAAUGAAUGAAUGACUUGCAUGGCUGUUGUAAGUUGAAAACUUUAUAUGUUUUUGUUUGGUUUUGGUGUAUAGAAUGAAAAUAUUUCAUU